AUGAGAAUAAUUACCACAACGUGUUUGAAGAAAUGUAUACCGAAAACUCAAUAUUGCCGAUACAAUCUUUUAAGAAGAAAUUUUCAUUCUUCACCUAUAAAAUUCAUAAACUACGAUCCAUAUAAUACUUUAGGUGUAGAUAAAUCUGCUGAUCCUAAACAAAUCAAAAAAGCUUAUUAUGAUUUAGUUAAAAAAUUUCAUCCAGAUGUUAAUAAAGAAAAAGAUGCUGAAAAAAAAUUCCAUAAGAUACAACAAAGUUAUGAAAUAUUAAAAGAUAAAGAGAAAAAAGCACAAUUUGAUCAAUUUGGUCCAAAUGCAUUUGAUGAAAAUGGAAAUCCAAAUCCAUAUGCUGGAGGUAGUGCAGGAGCAGGUGGGGCAGGAAAUCCAUUUGCAGGGUUUUCAAGUGGAGCAGGUUUUGGAGGAGCAGCUGGAGGAAAUCCUUUUUCAGGUAUGGGAUUUGAUUUUGAAGAUUUAUUUAAAGAAGCAUUUACAGGUGGAGGAAGAAGUAAAUCACAAGGAAGAGCACAUUUUGUUACAGAAUAUGUUGGUGAUAAUGUUGAAGUUUUAAAAAAGAUACCAUUUAAAGAUAGUAUAUUUGGAAGUAAAAUAACUAUAAAUUAUAAAGUAGUUGAUUCAUGUGUUACUUGUAAAGGAAGUGGAUUAAAACUGGGAGCUAAAAAACAAACAUGUCCUACAUGUCAUGGAUCUGGUCAAGCAACUCAUGUUAUGGGAGGAUUCCACAUGUCAUCAACUUGUCCAACAUGCCAAGGUUCUGGAGUAACAAUAUCAAAAUCAGAUGAAUGUAAUACAUGUCAUGGAAAUGGUGUUCAAGAAAUACCGAAAUCGACUACUGUUGACAUUCCUCCUGGAAUAAGUGAUGGAUCUAGAAUAAGGAUACCUGGAGCAGGAGAUGCACCAUUUGUAACAAAAGAUGAAUAUAAUCAACUUCGGAAUGGUGAUUUAAUAGUUAGAAUUAGUGUGGAAAAAGAUCCAAUUUUCAAAAGAGAUAAAAAUGAUUUAGUAGUGACUCAAGAUAUAUUGAUGACUACUGCUUCAUUAGGAGGUGAAAUUAUAGUUCCUACAUUGGAUGGACAAAAAAUUAAAUUAAAAAUAAGACCAGGUGUUCAAAAUGGAAGAAAAUUAACAAUACCAGAAAAGGGUGUACCUAUAAAUAGGAAUUUAAACAAUAGAGGUAAUUUAGAUGUCAUUUUAAAUGUUAAAACGUUGGUAGCUGAAACUCCUACUCAAACUGCUUUACUUGAAGCUUUAGCAGAUGCUUUUAAUGAUAAAAAUGCUAAAAGAAAUGAUUCAGAUUGGCAAUUAGAUGUUGAAGAUGCUUUAAAAUAUGAUGAAAUGGAUGAAAAAGAUUUACAUCCUUCUAAAUUAGCAAGAAUUGGGAAAAAAUUAGGUAAAUUUUUUAAUUUAGAUAAUAAAAAGGAUGAGGAAAACAAAUAG